UUUGCUGUAACUUGCAAGUGUAAGACUUUUUAAUUGUUUUGUGUUUGUUUUUGGUAAUCUAUUUCAGUGUUCUUUUUGAUGAGCGAUUUGGAUUUCAUCAUGUCUUUCAUUUUGGAGCGGAUGGUGUGCACAAGUGGAAUUUUUUUUGAAAUUCUAUAAAGAGCUUUUUAUAACUGUAAGGGACUUUCACUGAUAAGACAGGGGCGAUUUACUUUUUUCUUCAUGGAGCUAGCUGUUGACCAAGACUGGUUGCUGUCGCUCUUCCACGCUUGUGAUGUGAAUAAUUCGGGACGGAUUGAAAAAGAGGAGUUCUUCAAAGUCUGCUCAGAACUGCGCGUACAGCCAGCUGAAAUAGAAACGAUAUUCUCAAAACUAGACGUGGACAAGGACGGAUCGAUUAACUACGAGGAGUUUACCAGUGGAUUCCAAGGAGUUUCAGAGCUCGUUUGCUUCGGGGGGAUGGAGAACGAAAGCGAGAAUGGGGACAGGCUCGCUCUGGCGUGGGAAGAGUUCCAGCACCGACUCGGAGAGCAGGCAAAAUUCAUCCCAAGGAAUGAGCAGGCAGCAACGCUGUACCAGAACAUACACCUGACUGAGCCCCGCAUCCUGCCACAGUAUGAACGAGUCAUCAUGAACUUCAUCAGGGAGAUCAAACUGCAGAACUCUGAGAUGGAGAACCUGGCACUGGCUGUGAAAAGAGCUCAGGACAAGGCUGCAAUGCAGCUCAGUGAGAUGGAGGAUGAGAUGGACCAACGUAUCAAAGCAGCUGAGAGCCUCACACAGCAGGAGGCAAUGAAGAGGGCGGAGACUCAAGCGGCCUUGAGUGAUCUUAAGCGGCAGCAUGAGUCAGAAGUCUGUGAGUUGCAGCUGAAAAUUCAGAAAAUGCAGAUGAUCGAAGAUCAGUACAAGAAUAUCAACCUGAAAGAUGAGGUGGCUGCACUCAAAAGAAAAAUGAGUGAAUUAACUUUGGAGAAUCAGAGGUUGAAGAAGGAGCUGCUGGAGUCUCACACCAACAUGGCCUUCCUGCAGAGUGAGCUGGACACACUCAAGAGUGAAUAUACUGACCAGUCCAUCGACUGUGAGAGAGAACAGGCUUUGAUGAGGGGAUUCACAGAUGAAAGGGACAGUUUGGAGCGUCAGGUCGAAAUGCUUCAGUCAGCCAAUCGGAAGCUCCAUGACAGUAACGAUGGGCUGAGGAAUGCGCUGGAGACCAGCCUGAGCAGAUACAACCAGAGUCUGAGGGUUCAGAACAUCUCUCCAGGAAGUACUCUUUCCAGGAGCAGUCCCAAACUGAGUGACUUCCACUCACCAUAUGACAGGCGGUCACGGUCGUCCCUCCAGGAUGAGGACUGUGAUUCGCUGGCCCUGUGUGACCCCAUGCGCCGUACGAGCUGCGAGGUGGAGAGUCUGCCGGAGAGCUGCUUCGACAGCGGCCUGUCCACCCUGCGGGACUCCAACGGCUACGACUCCGAGGCCGACGCCCACCUGCACAAGAGCUGCCAGCGCUCAGCAGAGACAGCGGAGAGUCUGGGAGGGGACGCUUCCGACACUGACGUUCCAGACCUCCAUGACGAGGUGGCAUUUGGCUCAGAUAGCGGCUCGGGUCUGACUUGGAAGCCAUCAAAUCCAGUCAGCAGGAGCAGUUCAGGAGCAUCAACACGGAAGUGUCUGUCAGCUCUGUCCUCUCAGACAGACCCAGAGGACGCUGGUCUGAAGUACCCUGCUUCAGAUAAAGCCUAUAAGAUUGUUCUGGCGGGAGACGCUGCAGUGGGCAAGUCCAGCUUCCUCCUACGGCUGUGCAAGAACGAGUUUCGCGGGAAUGCCAGCGCCACGCUCGGGGUGGACUUCCAGAUGAAGACAUUGGUGGUGGAUGGAGAGCCCACAGUCCUGCAGCUCUGGGACACAGCUGGGCAAGAGAGGUUCAGAAGCAUUGCUAAAUCAUACUUCAGACGAGCUGAUGGGGUUCUGCUGCUCUAUGACGUCACGUGUGAGAAAAGCUUCCUGAAUGUGCGAGAAUGGGUGGACAUGAUCGAGGAUGUGUCUCAGGAGGAUAUUCCCAUCAUGCUCGUGGGGAAUAAGGUCGAUCUGCGGCAGCAGGCUCUGGAGGAAGGGAUUGAGUGUGUUCCCACCAGCUACGGAGAGAAGCUAGCCAUGGCAUAUAACUCGCUCUUCUGUGAGACAAGUGCCAAAGAUGGCUCCAACGUGAUUGAAGCCGUCCUGCACCUGGCACGAGAGGUGACCAAACAGAUCGAGGAUGAGGACGAGAACUCUGUGACUGACCUAAGGGUUCACACCAAGAAGAUCUCCAACCUCAACUGCUGCACCGGAUAAACUCAAAGAUUUCCAGUGUCAACUGCUGCACCAGAUGAGCUCAGACCCAAGCUAAACAGUAUCACAUAAACAUGCACCAAAGGCUGAGUGAGUGUGUGUGUGUGUGUGUGUGAGAGUGUAUGUGUGUGUGUGGUGAGAAUUGGUAUUUUGUAACCUGUUCUUCACAAGUGUUUCCCCCUUGGUACUGUCCAGCACCUCACAGAAAGGCAGGUUAGCAGAGUGUAUGUGACAUUAUAUUUGGUUCUCCAAAGUAAAUGCUCGUGUUGGACCCCAUUGCAGAUAAUAAGGCAAGCUCUGGCCUUCACACAUUCUGUUUUACCAUCUAGAUUUACAUGAAAUGCACUCCACCCAGCGGUAUGUCUCAGGGGUCUGUAACACCCUGUCAAGGGUUUGAGCAGACCCGAAUGGGAGUGGACCUGAGUGACAGUGGAUUAGACUGGACUGGGCUCUGUGAUGUCAGCAGAAAGUGGUAUAUGGCAACUCUAGCUGUGAACAAGGCCUUUGAACAAUACAGCACAUGCUCUGUCAAUGCAAGUCAGGAAAUGUGCCAUGGAAAGUGUUAGAUUUGGGAAAAUGUUUUAUCUGGAUGUGAGGCUGGCAGUGUGGAAGUUGUCUGAUGGCCUCUGUGAGAUGACCGGAAAAGAUUCUAGUACAGUGGAGAGUUUCAAGUCCACUGUGACUAUGAGAGGAUAGUAAUU